GAAGCCGAUUGCACGGGUGUAUGUUGUGAUUGCAAGGACACCCGCACGGUGAUUCGCUUUUGUCGGCUGCCUCAAAUUCGCUGAACUAGAAACGAAUCAUAAUAUCCAUUCGGCGUCUCAAUUAUUGCUCUGAAACCCUUCAAAAUGAUUCGAUCUUCUUUUCUCUUGGGACUUCGGCGAAGAAGAGACAACGGAAGGGCAUAAUUCAAAUCAUUAUAGCGCUAGACGUCUCGGAAAGCUGGCGAAACGAAAGGACCGGGGUGACUUCAUAGAUGCGACCCGCUCACCGCCAUCGUCUGCCCUUUUGGCCAAUCGUCCACUAGCACGCGAUAAAGCAGUACGUUCCGGAACUGUUCAUCGUAAAAGCGAAAACGUCCAGGUGGCCUCUUGGCAUGUAUUCGCUCGUGCAGGAUAACCAUCUUCCGUGAUACUCCUCGCUCGUGAGCUAAGAGGAUGCAACCACGAACGUCCCCACGCCAGGAAAAUGGAAUACGAUGUAGAGUGUACGCCGAGGCACAGCCACGUGUAAGCUAAACAUGCAACUGUAAAAGACAAAGACAGCCAAUUCCACCGCAAUGCGACCCGAAUAUUUCUGGAUGCUAUCGCUUGGAAGGUCUGCGCGAAGUCUGGACCACUUCCUGCCGCCAUCGUAUAUUGUUUGCCAAUGCCACCGUGGCCGCUCAUCGGACAGUAAGAAAGAAAUGUUUUCUGAUAGUUGUUUCAUUUCUGGCAGGAACUCCUCCCUCAGUGAUGCUAGCGUGCAUGCUCUCGAAUCGUGACUGAGAGAAUGAGAAAUCACGGGCAUAUAUAAAGAAGCCGGUCGUGAGGAGACGGUACCAGUAAGUUGUCCUCACGCCUGUGUGCUCCAAGCAAGAUAUACAGACUUCAUCCAGCGACCAUGAUCGGAAAGGUGCGGGAGUUUACUGUGCGAGCUCACUAUUGCAGUCAUCGUGGCGUAAGACGCGGCGAUAGUUCACACUGGAUAUUUCUGACGUUUCAGGUCUGCCUCCUAGCGUGCCUCGCUGUUUACGCAGCCGGACAAACAGCCGUUGAACCGGUGGAAUCCCCUCCACAACCGUAUAGCUUUAGCUAUGACACCACUGACGAGUUCGGCACCAGAAUGACACGCGAGGAGACCAGCGACGAGUACAACAACAAGGUCGGAUCCUACAGCUAUACGGACGCGAAUGGCAUCACACGCACGGUGCACUACGUCGCCGACGCUGGCGGUUUCCGCGUCACUGUGGAGACAAACGAGCCUGGCACCCGCACCUCAAACCCUGCCGACGCGCAAGUCACCUCUUCGGCCGUUGAGCCGCCACCCACUUAUGCGCAAGCCGCUCCUGUCGCCUAUCAUGCACCGGUCACCGUGCACGCCGUACAUGCUGGUCCGGAUGCCGUAGCUGUACAUGGUUCCCCGACUUCCGUAGCUGUGCAUGCUGCACCGGCGGCAAGCGUUGCUCUCCACGCUGUUCAUGGCGCACCAGUUGACGUACACGCAUCACCUGUGACCCUGCACGCGGCACCCGUGUCAUAUGCAACGGCGCACCACGCUGUGCCCCUGUCGGUCGUGGGGCGCGCCAAGAGUCGCCGUUAAAGCUACAUCUAAGUCGCUGCUUGCUUCGAAAAUCAGUGAGCGGAGCUACGCGGAUGCUUUCCUCUUUCCGUAUCCUUUUUCUACUGCUUGUAAUUCGCGCUGGCGUGGAGACCAGCUCAAUGCUUCGUUACUUUGUUCUGAAUAUAUGUGCGUGACACGAAAAUGCCUCUGUGAGCUUAAGUACACGUCGGGAUACCUCUUUAUGCUAGGGAUCUUAUUGGGUCCUUAAUUUUUUUCUCUGUCUCUGUAUCUAACAUCGGGGUGUCCGGUAUAAUGUGCGGAGCCCACUGCUUGUUCGUCCUGCUUCCAUGUCCGCAAACAUUCUUCUAAACGUUUGCUGCACUAGUCUCUCAGUUAGCCGCACAUAAAUCGGCGUUAGUUGCUCAGCAAUGUACCAACAAACAGGAAAAAUCCAUCUAAAAAGCAUUGUAAUCAAUAUAUUUAUCCCAUGUUCGCAAACUAACUAUGACUAAAAACUAUUGUUCGACUCUACCAAGUACCACCGAGUGGAGCACAGCGUCUCCCAGUGAAGACACGGCACUGCAGUAACGUCCCUAGUCUAUUCCUGCGGCGAGGAGUUCACUGAGAAGCACACCUGGACUCCACUGUUGUCGAAUAGUCGCCGACAGCACAUGCGUACCAAAAUUUCGCUCAGGAAUCAACACGCAGUCUCCCUGAAGCGCAGUGACCACUUCAUUCGAAGGGCCGCGCUUCCAUCUAAUUUCUUGAGUUGAA